AUGGGAUUUUUAGUUAGACCUUAUGAAGUAGUUAUUGGUCAAAGAUUAAAUGAUAGGCUUUGUGAUGGUAUGGUAGUUUUAGAGCCUAAAGUGGUAAAUAAUCCUUUAGGAUCGCAUGCAGGAGUACAAAAGCUUGGUGCAGUAUAUGUUUCUCUUGCUUGCCUGCCUCCAGAUUUAGCUUCUACAUUAGAAAGUAUAUUUUUAGUUUCCCUUUUUAAAACUGACAAUAAAUCAUUUUUUGGAAAUGGAGCUAUUUUUAAAGAAAUUAUAGCAGAGUUAAAUUUUUUAGAAACCUCAGGAAUAGAUAUAAUGGUUGGAAAUAAAACUUAUAAAAUAUUCUUUAAGUUAGGAUUAAUAUUAGGUGAUAAUUUGGGGUUGCAUUCAAUUUUGGGGUUUGUUGAAAGUUUUGUUGCUAAAUAUCCAUGUAGAUUUUGUAAGACACCUAAAAAUGAAUGCCAAAUUCAAACAAAACAAGAUAAUGAUAAUUUAAGAAAUCCAAUUAACUAUUCAGAUGACGUUAUAACCGAUGAUGUAUCUAGAACAGGCAUUAAAGAAUUAUGUGUAUGGAAUGAUGUUGAAUCGUUUGAUGUAACUAGCAAUUUUAGUGUCGACAUAAUGCAUGAUAUGUUAGAAGGGGUUUGCAAAUAUGAUGUAGGAUUUUUAUUAAAGGAACUGAUUUUUAACUUGAAAUACUUUUCUAUUGAUACUUUGAAUGAGAGGAUUGAGUCUUUCAACUAUGGCCCAACAGACAUAAGAAAUAGACCAACUUUAAUUAAUGAAAUGAAUAUUAAACGUUCAGGUUGUCUAAAAAUGUCAGCUUCAGAAAUGUCAUGCUUUAUGAAAUAUUUUGGAUUAAUUAUUGGUGAUAUGGUUCCUGUAGAAUCAGAAAAUGAGGAUAUAGUUUUGCUUGAAUCACUUAUAACUGAACACCAUGAAAUAUAUUUACGUUUAUUUCGUGGUACCAGCUUAAAGCCAAAGCAUCACCACAUGGUGCAUUACCCAUUAAUUAUUAAAAACUCUGGACCGUUAUCACUUUUUUGGUCUAUGCGUUUUGAAGCAAAACACAGGGAACUUAAAGAAACAGCUCAUUCUACCACAUCAAGAAAAAACAUAACUUUUACAUUAGCAAUGAAACAACAAUUAAAAUUUUCAUAUAAACUUUUAGCAGCUGCAGACACAAAUUUUUAUACAAGUAAUUUACAAACUGGUCCAAUUAUAUCUCUUUCGAAUGAGUUAAUUCAACUUUAUAUUAUAAAAACAUUAUUCCUUUCUGAAGAGGUUAAUUUUUCUGGUGAUGAUGUAAUUUUGUUUCAUGGGUUUCAAUAA